AUGGAUCUCCAUGGUCCCAGCUUUUGUGCAUUUUGGUCUAUACACCUUCAUGUUAUGACUCUUCUCUUUUUUAUGAACUUUCUUUCACCUUCCACUGCUGCAAAUCCAUUUGGAAACGGAACUGAUAGGUUGGCUUUGCUCAAAUUUAAAGAAUCCAUACUCACUGAUACGCAUGGGUUCUUGAACUCAUGGAAUGACUCCUUGCAUUUCUGCAACUGGUUCAUCAACCUUCGAAACAACAGCUUGUCUGGCAAGAUUCCACAGCAAGUUGAUCAUCUGUUCCGACUGCAGCAUCUCACUCUUAGUGACAACAUGUUGGAAGGGGAAAUUCCAGUCAACUUGAGCUACUGCUCUGAACUGAGCAUCGUAAGUUUCAGAUCAAACCGUCUCACAGGCAAAAUACCAUCAGAGCUUGGCUCGUUGACAAAGCUUUUGACACUCAACCUUGGCACAAACAAUCUGACAGGAGGCAUCCCAUCUUCCUUGGGAAAUCUUUCAUCAAUCACACAACUUUCCUUGGCAUACAACAAUUUGGCGGAUAAUGAAUUCAAGAGCAGCAUUCCACCUAACAUAGGCCUCAACAUGCCUAAUCUCCAACAGAUCGGAAUUGGUGGAAAUGAAUUCUCUGGGAACAUCCCAGCUUCGUUUUCGAAUGCUUCUCAGUUUCGAAUACUUGAUAUUACAGAAAAUAAUUUUUUGGGGCAAGUCCCAGAAAGUUUUGGAAAUCUUGCAGAUCUCCAGUGGCUUGGUUUGAACAACAAUAAUCUAGGAAAUUAUUCAGAUAAUGACUUGGGUUUUAUAACAUCCUUGACUAAUUGCAGCAACUUGGAAAUUCUUGAUAUGAGUUUGAACAAUUUUGGAGGUGUUUUACCCAACUCUGUAGCCAAUUUGUCAACCCAACUCACUAAACUCUACCUUGGAGUCAAUCAAAUAUCCGGAACGAUUCCUGCAACACUAGAAAAUCUCAAUAACUUGAUAGUCUUGGGUAUGCAGGCUAACCUGUUUACAGGUUCCAUUCCUACUUCUUUUGGGAAGUUCCAACAGCUGCAAAUAUUGGCUUUAGAUGAAAACCGAUUAUCAGGACAGAUUCCAUCUUCCAUAGGAAACCUCUCUGAAACUGCUUCAACUCUACUUAUCAGCCUGUCUGUGGGAGUGGGCAAGCUAAAGAAUAUCAAUGCACCGGACGUCUCUGAAAAUAAUCUGACUGGAGACAUUCCAGAAAACAUGGGAGACUGUCAAAUUUCCUUCAAUAAUCUGGAGGGUGAGGUAAUAAAAGAAGGAGCCUUUGGAAACACAAGCACAAUAUCAUUGGUUGGAAAUACCAAACUUUGUGGUGGUGUCUUGGAACUGCAGCUUCCAGCAUGCCCCAUCAAAGGACCAGAACACAGAAAGAUCCAUAGUUUCAACCUAGAGUUCAUAAUUGCUUUAGUGGUUGGAUGUUCUCUUUUGUUUUCGUUCUUGCUUGCACUGUAUUGGAGGAGGAAACCCGAAAAGAAAUCACCAUCUGCAGUCUCAUCAAUCAACUUCCUUUCGAAGGUUUCAUAUGAGACACUUUAUAAAGCUGCCAGUGGAUUCAUUCCAAGCACUCUAAUUGGAUCAGGUAGUUUUGUCUGUGUAUAUAAAGGGGUCCUUGAUAAGGAAGGAAACGUUAGUUGCUAUAAAGGUCCUGAACCUCCAACAGAAAAGAGCUUCCAAGAGUUUCAUGGCCGAAUGCAACGCAUUGAUGUGGCUUCUGCAUUGUAUAAUCUCCAUGACCAUUGUGAACCACCAAUCAUUCACUGUGACUUAAAGCCAAGCCACGUUCUUCUUGACAAUGACGUGAUUGCUCAUGUAGGUGACUUUGGGUUAGCAAGACUCAUAUCAACCGCCACGCAUUCCUCUGAAAAUCAAAGCAGCACAGUUGGAAUUAAGGGAACCAUUGGCUAUGUUGCUCCAGAGUAUGCAAUUGGUGGUGAGCCAUCAAGACAAGGGGAUAUAUAUAGUUAUGGGAUUCUUGUAUUGGAAAUGUUCACAGGAAGAAGACCGACAGAAGAAAUGUUCAAAGAUGGUUUCAGUCUCCAUAACUUUGUUAAGAUGGCAAUGCCAGAAAGAGUUAUGCAAAUUUUGGACCCGGCUCUCCUCGCCACGGUAGAAGAGAAAGCAUCUCCUGCUGCAGCAACAGAAAAUGAAGUAAACUACAUCAGUGGCUACAACAUUGAAAUUAAGGCAGAAGAAGAAAACAUCAACUCUGAGAAGCUAGGCAAGAUGAGCCCAUAUGUGAGCAAGUGCAUAGUUCCAAUCCUUAAGAUUGGACUUGCAUGCUCAGAAGAAUCACCAAAAUAUAGAAUGAAUAUGCAGGAUGUCACCAGGGACCUGCACCAUAUACAAAAUUGUUUCAUUGGUGUUGAUAUUCGUUGA